GACUAGAGUACGUAGCACACCCACACAAUCACGAUGGCGUCCAAAGCUGCCCUCUUGGUCGCCCUCAGCCUCCUCCUCUCUGCCAUCGCCGUCCACGGCUGUGGAACCACCUAUUGCCAACCGCCGGUCGUCGUGCCGACACCACCCGUCGUCGUUCCGCCACCAUACCAUGGAGGAGGAGGGCACGGCCACGGCCACGGCGGGCAGUGCUCCAUCAACGUGCUCAACCUGAGGGUGUGCGCCAACGUUCUCGGCGGCCUGCUCGGCCUCAAGGUCGGCGUUCCGGCGCACGACCAGUGCUGCCCGCUGCUCAAGGGGUUGGUCGACCUCGACGCCGCCGUCUGCCUCUGCACCGCUGUCAGGGCCAACAUCCUCGGCCUGCACCUCAACGUUCCUGUGGACAUCAGCCUCCUCCUCGAUCACUGCGGCAAGACGUGCCCGUCUGGUUUCACAUGCCCAGCCCAUUAACGGACGUGCUGUUGCACGGGCGCCGAAUAAGAUUUGUUUUCAGUACUGCUUUAUUAAUAGUAUUUCAUGAAAUGUGGAUCUGUUCCACUCCCACAUUUAACUGUUGAUAAGAACAACACCAAUCUCAACCGCACGUUGAUGGGUAGGUUCAGAUCAGCCAUUGACGCGAAGGGCUUAAAGAAAAUUAAGUGUAAGAACCGUAGAUACACGUGGAGCAACGAGCGCCAAGAUCCUACCCUAGUGAGCAUCGAUAAGUUCU